GAGCCACAAUAAGGAAUCUAAUGGCCUUCUCGAGUGAGCCACAAUAAGGAAUCUAAUGGCCUUCUCGAGUGAGCCACAAUAAGGAAUCUAAUGGCCUUCUCGAGUGAGCCACAAUAAGGAAUCUAAUGGCCUUCUCGAGUGAGCCACAAUAAGGAAUCUAAUGGCCUUCUCGAGUGAGCCACAAUAAGGAAUCUAAUGGACCUCUCUGGCUACCCGCGAUAAAGAAUCUAAUAAUGGUCUUCUCAAGCGCCAUAGUACCAGGAAAAGGGUGUCUAUCUAUGAAGGGACAGACUCGUGGGAACUUAGGCCCAGUUUCACAGUUCCCCAUGAUGGGUUAGUAAGCUCCCAAACCAAUACCAGAGCCUUCGAAAUUUCCUUGUAUAGUGUCUGGUGUUUAUAUUUAAGUUCACAAAUUUGAUGAAACUAUACGGGAAAAGUCUUGUGUAUUUAGUGUGGCAGCGAAGACCUCACCGUUUUGGAUUGCAUGGGAUUCUAUAGUUUGGUUCGGGCUGUUACGAAGACACUGUGUUGGACUGUGAAAUCGCCUCUGAAUGUAUAUAUGUAAAUUUUGGGAAGGCGGUUUUAAUAAGGUAAUAGUGAAAGCUUGUCUCUUUUCUUGUGCCGUGAACUUCUAAAUGACGCCCAAGAUAAGGAGAAUGAAAGCAAUAUGAGGAAAUUCCGGAAAUAUUAAGUUGUACCUAAUUUAUACUGUCAAACUAUAAUAAGCGAAUCUGCCAACAGGGAUGAUUGUAUACGAAGAACACCGUUGCCCGAUUAUCGUACUCAGAGCCUCUUAUAUACCGAUUUCUGAGAUAUCACUAUUACCAAAAAACACCAAUAAUUAACCAUUUUAACGAUAACUAUAUAUUAAGGCAGUUAUUGGGGUUGAGGAGGUAGUUUUGGGGGUCGGAAAUCGGCAAACAUCGGAGGCUGGGUACGACAAUCUGGCAGCAACGUUGGCGGGAAAGAUGAAUUACAGGUGAGGAUGCAAAGACACCAUAUCCACGUCCUCGCCAGGGUGUUCUGCCUCCUGCUGGUGGUGGGAUUGCUCUCCUGCGCCCUCCUGCUCAUGUGGGGGACUAAGAUUCCGGAGUUUGAGGACGAGACUUGGGCGCGGCUGGCGGGUCCUCUGGCCGCUGACGACCCCAAAGUCCUACAUAUCCUACAGCAAAACUUCCUCGCGCCGCCCUCCUCGCUGCCUUACAACUUCUCAGACCCGAAAAGCCAGACAGGCGCCCACGACUUCAGUUGGCCCUGGAUACACGACCAACUGGUGAAGCUCUUCGGCGGGCAGAAGGGCGGCUUCUUCGUGGAGGCGGGGGCGCUGGACGGAGAGUACCUGUCCAACACACUUUGGCUGGAGCGUAACUUAAACUGGACGGGGCUGUUGGUGGAGCCUGACGAGGAGAAUUACAAGAUGGUGACCUCGAAGCACCGCCGAGCCUGGACUUCGAACACAUGUCUCUCGUCUGAAGCCUUUCCUAAGAGGACGAUCAUGGUCUCCCGACGUGUGCUGAAGGCUUCGACGUUUAAAGAGUUCUCGUGGGCGUUUCGGGGUCAGACGCACGAACUAAACAUCGACUAUCCAAACCAGAAGUCCCUGGAGGUGCACACAGACGCUUCCUUCGCCUGGGUCCAAUGUUUCCCGCUCCUCUCCUACCUCCUCGCCCUCAACGUGACCACCGUCGACCUCCUCUCCCUCGACGUCCAGGGCACCGAGGAGGGCAUUCUUAGCGCCUUCCUUGCCUCGUCGCGCGUCUCCGUCAGAGUAUUGGUGGUUGAGGACGAGGACAAGACCUUCGACCACGCCUUGAUGGCCUCGCACGGCUAUGUCCUGGUGGCCUCGGACCUCGACCAUGUAUACGUAAAGAGGGGUGACCCAGCACUUUACGCCACCGAUGUCAACACCACCACCACCACCAUCACUAUACCAGCGUCACCAUCAUCACCAUCACCCCUCCCAUAGUCGAAGUGUGAUGUGAAUAGUUUAAGACGAAAGUAGGCAAAUAAACUGCUUUACAUAAUGGAUAAAAGGGAAAACUAAGCAAUUGAGUUGUUAGUGCAUAUAUGAUUGAAGGUCCCAUCAAAUUUAUGGAUGGGGAGGGAAGAUGGCGAACAGUCUCAGGAGCUGCAUGUCUGAUGUGCUAAAUUGAAAGGUAUUUUUUUGUAGUCUCCUCGUACCCUCUUUUUAAUUUGUUUUAUUUAUUUUUAUUAGUUUUAAUUCUCCUUAUUAGUUCUGACCAGUAGGUGACGCAGAAAAGGACAUAUCCGUUUCAUUUAUAGAUAUUUUGCAUGCACUUUCUACGCC